AAUAACCGGAUCUCGCGCACGAGACUUGAUAAUCUGUGACAUUCAGGUCAUAGGCACCUCGGGUCCUUUUCUUCUCUAACCCCUCUUAUUAUCAAGGACUGCAAGAAAUUUUUAAAGGCAGGAUGCAAGCUAACCUUUGGAGUUUGAUGACCGCAUCUGUGAGACCGGUAUGCAUCAAACGAGUUGUCAGUCCAGUACUCUCUGCUGCUCAGCAGCGAAGAUAUGCCAGCACUCUAGAUGCAGAUUUGGUUGUCAUCGGUUCAGGUCCUGGAGGCUAUGUCGCUGCGAUAAAAGCUGCACAGUUGGGAAUGAAAACUGUUUGUGUUGAAAAGGAUCCAACACUGGGUGGAACCUGCUUAAAUGUUGGAUGCAUUCCAUCAAAGUCGUUGUUGAAUAAUUCACAUUAUUAUCAUAUGGCUCACGGUGAAGAUUUAAAAAACCGUGGAAUCAUAGUUCAAAAUGUUCAACUAGAUUUGAACAAACUUCUCGAACAGAAAUCCAAUGUUGUGAAGUCUUUGACAAGUGGAAUUGCUGGUCUUUUCAAGAAAAAUAAGGUCGAAUGGGUUAAAGGGCAUGGCAAGAUCACAGGCAAGAACCAAGUGAGCGCCCUGACACCCAGUGGUUCCGUGGACACGACAAUCAACACUAAAAACAUCUUAAUCGCAACAGGCAGCGAAGUAACGCCAUUCCCAGGAAUCGAAGUAGAUGAGAAACAGAUAGUGUCUUCAACCGGAGCUCUUUCGCUGAACCCUGUUCCAAAGAGGCUAAUUGUUAUUGGUGCUGGUGUUAUCGGUCUGGAAUUGGGCUCAGUAUGGCAAAGGUUGGGCUCGGAAGUAACAGCUAUUGAGUUCAUGGGUUCCAUCGGUGGUGCUGGUAUGGAUGCUGAAGUUAGCAAGGCUCUUCAAAAGAUCUUGAACAAGCAGGGUCUCAACUUUAAACUAGGAACAAAAGUAACAGCCGCUACAAAGAGCGGUGGUGAGGUACAGGUAUCCAUCGAGGAUGCUAAAGAUCCCAGCAAGAAAGAGACUCUCGGUUGCGAUGUUCUUCUGGUUUGCGUUGGUAGGAGGCCAUACACGAAGAACUUGGGCCUCGAAGAUUUGGGAAUUGAGAGAGACGAGAAGGGAAGAAUUCCAGUAAAUAACAGAUUCCAGACAGUCAUCCCCAAUAUCUACGCAAUUGGCGAUUGUAUUCAUGGCCCCAUGCUAGCACACAAAGCCGAGGACGAGGGAAUCAUCACCGUCGAGGGUAUUGCUGGAGGUGCUGUUCACAUUGACUACAACUGUGUACCCAGCGUAGUCUACACGCACCCUGAGGUUGGCUGGGUUGGUAAAUCCGAGGAGGAUCUUAAGAAAGAGGGUGUCGAUUACAAGGUCGGCAAAUUCCCCUUCCUGGCCAACUCCAGAGCGAAGACGAAUCUCGACACUGACGGAUUCGCCAAGGUCUUAGCUGAUAAAAAUACAGAUAAAAUUCUGGGUGUUCAUUUGAUUGGACCAGCUGCCGGAGAACUUAUCAAUGAAGCAGUACUCGCUAUGGAGUAUGGUGCUAGUGCCGAGGAUGUUGCGCGGGUAUGCCACGCUCACCCGACAUGUUCCGAAGCACUGAGAGAAGCUCACCUCGCCGCCUAUUUCGGAAAGCCAAUCAAUUUCUAAAAUUUAGGAGUUCAUUAUAAAUGACUACGAAAAAAAAAAACAAGAAAAGAAACGCAUCGUAGACAUCCUCUAGUUUGCGUCCUGACAUCUAAGGAGAUGAAAAAUAUACAAGGCGCCGCACUUCGUAAAGAAAUACCAUUGCACUGUCAUUUUGACGCUAUCGAAAUAUCUGCUGUAAAUAAGAACUCGAAACUUAUUUCGUGAGAAGUUUCGUUUUUAAUAAGUGUACCAUUAUCUUAUAAACAUUAUUGUAUUUAUUACAAAUAAAAUGAAAACCUAUUUCGCCUUUGCGGGCAUCUGGUCGCUCUAUUCUGUCCGCA